GGUGGUUGUUGAGUCGCUCAAGGUGCGCGCGGGCGGGCAGAAAUCGCGCCAAGGCGAGGAGAGGAGGGGCCCGUGCAAACCGCGCGCGCGGCCUGAGCCUGAGCCUGACCUGGGCACGUGGAAGAAACCGUGGUCCAAUCCGGCGGAGAGAGCAGAGAGGAGGGCGAGGGGCAAAGGAAAGGAAAGCGCAUCGCAGGCCACACCACAACUGCCGCUGCCGCCUCCUCGUCCUCGUCCUCGGCUGGGCUCCUCCCCCCUUCUUCCCUUCCCCUCUCUCUCACCGCCACACCCCACACCCGGGCACGCGGCUCACAGUGCCAGGAGAGGAGGGCCGUUGCCGGGGCCGGAGCCGGGCCACCCCUCUCUUCUCCGCCACCUACUCUUCCUUCUCCCUUUCCUUGUUGUUCCUCCCUCUCCCUCUCCCUCUCGCUCUCUCUCUCUCCAGGACUAGGAGGACUAGGGUCGCCUCGCCGCCAGCCAACCAGGCGCGCACACGCUCCUUCCGGUCCGGUCCGGCCGUCCCCGCACUUCUUCAUUCCCGGCCCACUGCUCGCACACAAAUACUACUACUACUACUACUACUACUGUGACUCCGUGAGGGAGCAACAGGAGGAGGAAGCAGAGGAGGGGGAAGGCAUUUGUGUUCCUUGCUAGUAGGAAGGAGUACAGGACUGCGCCGCUCCCCGGCUCUCCUCUCCUGCUGCCGGCCGGCUUCCCGGCCUCUUCGCCCCUUGCCAUGUCCACCAUGGAUGAAGGCUACGGCCCUACUUGGGACAGCGACGACGAAUACGACAACUUCAUACGCAAGAUGAACCCGCCAAGGAUCGUCAUCGAUAAUGAGUCCUCAGCAGAGGCUACAAUUGUGAGGGUAGAUAGUGCAAAUGAAUAUGGGAUACUGCUGGAAGUGAUCCAGGUCAUGAUUGAUCUCAACCUUGUCAUCAGCAAGGCGUAUAUAACCUCGGAUGGUGGAUGGUUCAUGGAUGUAUUCAAUGUGACCGAUAAGGAAGGGAAGAAGAUCAAAGAUGAGGCAACCCUCACACAGAUUGAAGAUUACAUCAGAAAGUCCUUGGGUGCAGAUUCAAGAUACAUUCCUUCCCGCCGGAGAUCAGUAGACGUGGCCGCAGCAGCUGAUCACAAUGUCAUCGAGCUGACAGGGACGGACAGGCCAGGCCUGCUCUCUGAAGUCAGCGCGGUGCUCGCGAGCCUCAAGUGCAACGUGGUCAGCGCCGAGAUCUGGACACACAACGCCCGAGCUGCGGCCGUGAUGCGAGUCACUGACGAGGACACCAGGCUGGCAGUCACAGACACCGAGAGGCUGGAGAGGAUUAGGGAGAAGCUGUCGUACCUGCUCCGCGGAGGCAACCUCUCCCGGGGAGCCGCCAUGGCGGUGUCGUCGGGGACUGCCACCACGCACACCGAGAGAAGGCUGCACCAGAUGAUGCUUGAUGACUGCGACUAUGAGCAGCUCCAGCAGCUAGCUCCGGGGCAGUCUCAGAGGCCUAAUGUCACCGUGAGGAACUGGAACGACAAGGACUACUCGGUGGUGACUAUCAGAUGCAAGGACAGGCCCAAGCUUCUGUUCGACACGGUUUGCACUCUGACGGACCUGCAGUAUGUUGUUUUCCAUGCGAACAUUGAUGCCAAGGACAAUCAGGCUUACCAGGAAUUCUAUGUAAGGCAUGUGAAUGGAUCACCAAUGAACACUGAAACUGAGAGAUUGCGAGUCAUCCAAUGCCUUGAAGCAGCCAUUGAGCGGAGGGUAUCAGAGGGUGUCAAGCUUGAGCUGUGCACUAAUGACAAGGUCGGGCUACUGUCCGAGGUCACCCGCAUCUUCCGUGAGAACAGCCUGACUGUUACAAGAGCAGAGGUGACCACGAGGGGCAGGAUGGCUGUGAACACAUUCUACGUCCGUGGUUCCACGGGAGAGGAUGUUGAUCAGAAGGCAAUAGACUCCAUCAGGCAAGCCAUAGGCCACAGCCUUCAGGUGAAAGGCCAGCCUGAGCCACAGGAGGCGCAGAAGAAAGAGUCCCCCACAUGGUUCCUCUUUGCCAACUUGUUUCGGCCGAGGUCUCUCUACAGUUUCGGGUUCAUGCGCUGACCACAACGUCCUGAUUGUUUCCAAGAAUCGCUGUGUAAUAAGUUCAUCGUUCAUGAAGCAAUCCAGGAAAUGAACAUCUUCAGAAGGUGGAAGCCCUCAUUCUGCCCCAAUAGUGCAGGUUUGGCAUAUAGGUAGCAAAUGGGGGUUGUUCAUAUGUCGUCAUCAUCUGUAAAUAUGCUGAUUUUCACUUUAUGACUGCAUUUGUACAUGUAACAUGUAAAUUAAAGGACGUAAAUAUAAGCUGUACAGAAUAUGGUUAAAUCCCAGAUUUGCGGAAACUGUUGAAACGUCAUAAAAA